UGUUUUCCUUCUAUUUUAUAAUUCUGAAUAUCGUGUUGCUAAACUCAAGAUAGAAAAAGUUUAUAUAACAAAUCGUAACGUAAAACAUAAGAAAUGGCAUUAUUUGAAAUGAAAUGGCUGCGUCGCUUCGUACGUCGACACACAAAUCCAAUACCGGAACAACGUGCCGAGAUGUGGAAGCGUCGCUUGAGUAUUGGCUACGCAAUUUUAGCCUGGCAGGCGUUCGGCUUUGUAUGCUAUAUGGUGUACACUGGCCGCAACGAUUGGGCCAAGUAUUAUGGCUACAAAACGGAGGAGGAAAUGGCCCUAUCACCGGCACAACAAUUUUCCAGACAUAUUCGAGCGGAAGGUACCGGCAAAAUUCUACGUUUCUCAGGAUUUACCAAAGUAGAGGAAGUACCAUACGACUCAAAAGACGUUAAGCGUGUGAAGGACUGAACUUUACUAAUAAUUUAGUUGGUAAUUUGCCUAAUGUAAUGUUCC